AUGUUAUCAAGACUUUUUUACGUACAUUUAGGACAAAUAUCGGACCCAACUAUUUAUUUAAAUCAAAGAGGUGAUGAAACAAGUUCAGUUCGUGAUCGUAAACAAAUCUCUCCUAAUCGCCCACCUCCACCGAAAAAAUUAUCAACAUCUAUUUCACCACGUCGUGAACUUAGUGAUUUAUAUCGUCAAAAAACCGAUUUUAAUGUUACUGAUCCAUAUGGAUUCAAACGUAUUCGUGCAUAUCUUGAUCGUUUUUAUUUGCAUUAUCGUCGUUCAACUGUACUUGCAUAUCGUUCAAAUAAUUGGACAUUAUUACAAAAUACUUGUAAAUCAUUUUAUGAUUCAAUUGAACAACUUACACAAUAUCUAUCUGUAACAACAUUAAAUAAAAUAUUUUCAUUAAAUGCAUUACUUUCACACGGUUAUCAAACAAUGUUUAUAGCAAGUGAAUUACUUCUUGAUAUGCUCUAUCGUACAAAACCAUUUUAUGAUAAUAAUAAUGAUAAAUUAGUAAAUACAAAUACAAAUAAAUUAAAUCAAUGGUUUACUAAUAUUGAAUGUUCAUGGACAAGUACAACAUUUAAUUUUGACCAACCACAAGAUCGAACUGUAUUGAUUGAUUUAAGAUUUAUAAGAAAAUUUAUUUUACGUACAUUACAUGCAUUAUAUGUAGCUGCUAAAUGGGAAAAAUUAGGAACAAUAGCCAUUAAAUUUAAUGCUUUAUCAGAUCAUUAUUUCGCCGAUUUAACAAGUCCAUUAUUAAUUGCAGCUCAAACAGCUUUAAUACAACAAUUACGUGAUAAACAAUAUUCAAUUGAUCAACCACAUUUUGAUGAAGCUAUUGCUACUCUUGGCCGACCAAUACAUCCAGAUGAUUUUUAUACACUACGAUCAGAGAAAUUAUUUAAAAUAGCUAAGCAUAUAGAUGAAAAUUCAGAAAGAAUACGUUCAGCAUCAACUUUAAGUCUUGGCGCUCGACUUGAUCCUAAAGGAACUGAUUAUUAUGCACAAACAAAUCGUGCAUUAGAAUUAAUUAGUAUUCCACUUGAUGUUGAAUUUAGUCGUAAACUUUUACGACAAGCAUUAGAUAAAACUUAUUAUUCUUCUCGUUCAAUAAUCGAAUGUCGAAAAAUGUUAGCUUUUUAUAUAUAUAAACAAGAAGAACAAUUAGCAAAAGACUUUUUAAUAUUUACUCCAAUUAUUGAAAAUCUUCAAGAACAUAAUGAAGAAUUACCAACAAAAAAAGAUUUAACAUCAACACUUCAUUAUCGACCAUUAACAGCUGGUGAACCAUUAGAUUUUUCACCAUUGAUUAAUAAUAAAAUUGAUACAUCACCAUCAGCUCAAAUUACAAAAGAAUCAGUCAUUGAAGCCUAUCAAACAAUAUCAAAAUUAUUAUUGGGUCAAAAUCGUCGUGAUCAAUAUUGUCAAGUACUAACGGAAUUAGGUGAUUUAUAUUUUCAUUGUGAUAAAUUAAUGGAAUCUAAAACAGCAUGGUGUGAUGUUAUUGAUACAAUACUUGAUGGUCAUGAUGUUGUAACAACAUGGUUUCAAAAUGAUACAUUAAAAAAUUUACUUUCAAAUCGAGGAAAAUUACUUGAAAAAUGUGGUAUUUGGGGAUGUUUAUUAGGUUCUAUUGUUACAUGUAAAUUAGCUAAAUAUCAUAUUCAUAUUAAUUGUGAUCAACAUCUUCAAACAUGUUUAUUAAGUUCAUAUUUUUUACGUUCAAUAUUUUUUUAUACUUUACCACAUUCAGAAUAUGAUAUUGAUUAUGCAACAUUAUUUAUCGAUAAUUCAAUAUAUAUAUGGCCUGGUAUUCAAUUAACCAGUGAUGAAUUUCGUUUAAAUCCUCGAUCAUUAAUGGAUACAUUAGCUUACAUAUCUGAAUCUCUUAUUCGUCAUGAUAUUUGUCUUCAUAUUCUUCCUGUUAUUGCGCUUUAUGAUGUAUUUGCUUUACAUUGUCGAAAUUUACAACAUACAGUACAAGCACGAUUGAUACGUUUACGUGCACUUAUUCAACUUGAUCUAUUUCAUGAAGCACAUAUAAUUAUACAAAUACUUUUAGAUGGACAAAAAUUACCAAGUACACAAUUAGCUGGACGUUAUCGAUCAAGCAAUGCUGAGAGUAGUUCAUCCAAAUUUAAACCACAAUAUUUUGAUAAUUCAAAAAGUAUUAUGUCGGAUUAUAAUAUAGGAAUAUUGGAUGCACUUCUAGCGGUUAAACUCUCUCCAGCAAUGACUCGUCUCUAUGGAUCACAUCUAUCUAUUGAAUUUCAUUAUCUUUUAUCAUUAUUUUUUGUUCGGCUUGCUUCACGAAUUCCAGUUAUUGCCAAUUUAGAUCUUUUUCAAAAUAGUGAAUUAAAACAGGCUUUAACAACAACAAACGAUUCACGUUCGAAAGCAGGUGCUGGUGGUUCUCGUAUAACAUCAGCAACGAAAUUAAAAUCAGUUACUUUUCAUGACGAAGCAACACAUUCAUUUGUUCAUAUAAAAUCUUAUCUUGUUGGUACAGGAAAAUUAUUCGCUGAGAGAUGCUUAAGUGUAUUACAACAAACCGAUGAAAUGUCACGUGAUUAUCCAUCAAAUUUGCAAUCAUUUGAAUAUCAACUUCUUAUUGAUUGUUUAUCAUUAUUAUCUGAAUGUGCACAUCAAUGUCAUUUAGAUCAAUUAGCUGCAAGAUAUGCAAUGGAAGCAUUGAAAAUUUUAUCUACGAUUGGUGAAGAUAAUAUUUCAGAAAGAAAAGUAGCUAGUGGAUCAGCAAAACGUAAACCAUCGUAUCCACGUUUAAGUGCUGUAAGUCGAUAUCCACGAAAAAAAUUAAAUGCAUUAAAUAUUCUUUUUAAUACACGUUAUUCACAUAAUUUAAAUGUUUAUACAUGGUUAAAACAACGUGCUUAUCUUUGUCAUAUUAUGUUACAACAAAUAAAUACAUUAGGAAAAGUCAAAGGCAUUGACGAUCAUAUACGUGAAGAAUUUGCUAAUGUUAAUGUUUAUAUUGAACAUGGAUUAAAUGAAUCUGAAGAAUAUCAAUGUGAAUCAAUGUAUGCAACAUUUUUACUUUAUAAAUCAUUAUACAAUUUAAGUGAAUUAGUAAAUAUAAAUGAUAAUAUUCAAGAAUUAAAUACAGCAUUACAAUUAUUUCAAUCAGUUUUAAUUGUUAAACAAAAUAAUGUUAUAUCAAUUGAUAUUUUAUAUAAAAAAUUAUUAACGCAAAUAUUACUUUGGGAACAUCUAUGUGUUCAAGAUUUAGAUGGAACUGCUUUAAAAUUAAUUGAAGAAAAAGAAAAUGAUAAAUUACAAUCGUCUAUACUAGAUUUUGUACGUAUUCAAAAGAUAUCUUUCACAUGA